UACCGAAAUUCUGCUGUUCUAUAUCACACUCUCUCUAUUAAUAUUAGCCCAUGAACGCUCUGGAAGAGUGAGGAGACUGAGAGAGAUGGUGAUGGAACCAGUAGUGGCUGGGUCCGAACUCCUAGAGUUGCAUUUUGCAGCUUUGAGUGAAGGCCAGAAGAGUUGUAAAAAUGUGAAAGGUUUUACUAGUCAUGCAGGUUUGAAAGGAAGAAAGGGAAAACUUAUGGUUUGUGUGACAGGUGGGAAUUCUUACUUGGGGUCUUGUAUUGUGAAGGAACUAUUGGCUCAUUCUUAUCUUGUUAGAGUCAUCAUUCAAAACCCAGUGGAUUUUGAGGACGUGAAGAGGCUUUUCAGAGAAGAAGAGAUGAACCAACUAGAGAGUGUUGUGGUAGCAAAGAUGGGAGAUUUAGUGGGUCUUUGUGAAGCUUUUAGGGGCUGCCAUGCUGUCUUUCACACCUCCUCCUUUAUUGACCCACAUGGGGUCUCUGGCUAUUCAGAACAGACGGCAUUUCUUGAAACUGAAGGAGCAAGGAAUGUCAUUGAAGCUUGUGGCAAGACAGCUUAUGUGAAGAGAUGCAUUUUCACUUCCUCUCUUCUUGCCUCCAUCUGGAAUAUCGAUAAAGUAGACGCCAUUGUCGACGAGAGUUGCUGGAGCAAUGAGGACUUCUGCAGAGAAAACAAGUUUUGGCUUGCAUUGGGAAAGACAGAAGCAGAAAAGGUUUCUUGGAGCAAGUCAAGAGAAAUGAAAGUGAAGCUUGUCACUGUGUGCCCUGGACUUCUCAUGGCUCCAUCAUUCCCAAAUGCUCACAAAGAAACCUCUCUUCCCUAUCUUAAAGGUGGGCAGUUGAUGUUGCAAAAGGGGUUGCUAGCAACUUCAGAUGUGAAGAAGGUAGCAGAGGCACAUGUCCAUUUGUAUGAAGCCAUGGAUUUUGGAGCUUGUGGACGAUAUCAUUGCUUCGAGAGAAUUAUACAGAGCUUGGAGGAAGCCGUUAAACUUGAAAGUGAGUUAAACAUGCCUGGUUUGCUAUCAGAAGCACACACAGAUGAAGUAGACAGCAAUAAGCUUAGCAAUUCAAGACUAGCCAAAUUGUUACAUCAAACCUCUCAACGCUUAUCCUGUAAACAAUGAAAUCCCAGUUGUAAAAAACAGUAGAAAUUCUUUGAAGUAAUGUUUUUUUUUUUUUUUUUUUCACUAGUUAAAGUAAAUAUUAACACAAAAACAAAGGACUAGGAAAGGUCCAAGAACAACCAAAGCUCAUAUUUCAAAAGCAAAGGAUAGCAAGAGCAGUCCAAAGAUCUGGAAAGCUUAUCUUUGAAGUAAUGUUGCUUAGCCAUUCAUUCAUAUAAAGAUGAUUUCUACUAUAAAA